CCCGAGGCCAGGAGAGCUUGACCAGACCUCCCCCAAGAACAUCAUCAACCAUGUCGGUCGCACGGUCGAGAGUUAUAGAUCUCAUGAAGACGAGAUGCAGGAUCUUUUCGACAACCUUUAAUCCCGAGGGAGUACGAACCGGUAACAAGAUUCUGCGACAGCGACUAAAGGGCCCAGCGCUGGCAGCAUAUUAUCCGCGGAAAGUUGUCACUAUAAACGAUCUCCGAAAGGCAUACCCAGAGCUGAAGACGUGGGACGAGAAGGAGGAGGACCGACUGGAGAGUGUUGCCAUUACCAAGGCGCGUGGAAAGGGCCCGCCAAAGAAGAAGCGCACGGCAGCAGAGUCCAAGAAGCUCAAGGGCAAGAAGAAGGUCACCACCGACGAGGCCUGAGAUGAGGCGUGGCCUGUAUAUUAGUGUAUAAUGGCAUUGACGGCGUUUGGAAACCGGGGGUAUAUCAGAUUCAUAAACAGUUCCUGUGUAAAUCAAAUACUUUUAUGAUUAUACAACAGUUCGACCAGAAAACACUUCUUUGGCAAACUCUUGGGCCUGGUGAACCGUCAGUAACGGUGCUGUUUCAAGUAAACUUCUGGACACAGCGAAAGACGUGGUGGCGUUUUGUUCGAGAUUUGCUCUUUGUGAAACCCGUGCAACUUGAUUUACAUGAUAUAUGUACUGGCAGUUUGUAUGUUUUUUUUUGUCUUAUUCUCUUCUUCAUAAUAGUUCUGCCAUAUGGGGUGGAUUCUUUGGCCAUGUUACGAGUGGGC